CCGCGCUUAAACUGGACAACUGGCCAUAGUUGGCUUAAUCUUGGAUCUUGGAUUAAAAAUGACGCUCAGGCAAACAUCUUCGCUUACACUGACUGUGGAACAAACUGCAGCUGGUGUCUCACGCACCAGCAGCCAAACAAUUGUACAGUUUUUCGGCAACGAGCAAAUUGGCUGCGCUAGUCAGAUUUACCAGGACAGCAAUGGCUUUUUAACAAACGGAUCACAGUUGAUAAGCUCCAGCACCGUUUCUCAAGCGGCAUACACCUCCUGGACUCCUUGUGUGGGCGUAGGAACCGCGGCCAGUGUGCAGCAGCAACAGGCUUCCGCGGACACCUGGGGGCGAAAUGUUAACUUUGGUGGACAGCAUAUUUAUAGCAAUGAAGCAUAUUGUAACAACAGUGGACAAAUGGCCUACAACAAUGCUGAUGUUUAUGGAAACUCUCUCGGCAUGUCGCACGUGCCGCCCCACAUUAUUUUAGCUCCUGGUGCCGUAGCAGGCAGCGAUUUCCAAGGCGAAUAUUUUAAUAAUGGCGGACAAUGCACGAAUAACGGAGAAUAUUCUAGCCAAAGUAACCAAAACACUAACAAUUAUAGUGAUGUUUACGGCGGAUGUUUGGUCACAAAUUGUGUCAACAAAAAUAAUAACGGGAUCCAGAGCUUGGCUCGCCCUACUGUGGGCGAAUUGUCAACAUAA